AGCAGCAGGAAAGAUAAAAAGAGGGCUGUUCGGUGUGUAGAGGGGGUAACCAAGAAAGCGAGGGGCUGAGCUGGAGAAGGGAGGAAAGGCUAGAUGGAGAAAGAGAUAGAAAGGAAAGGUAGGGAGAUCGAAACGGCGACUCAGUCCAUCUGUCCGGUGUUUUGUCCAAGCGGCGGCAGAGGCACUAGACAAAAACUCACCUAACCCUUCCUUGAUUACAAUGCCGGCAAAAAGCGAAAUACUAACCGCUGCCGCCGCCGCCGCUGCCGUUGCCGUUGCCGUUGCCGUUGCCGUUGCCGCGCGAGAACGGCCGCUUCUAAGAAACUAGACUCGUUUUUGCGUACCAUCGGAAGAGCGUCCGCACCCGUGAGCUAUCGGACAAAGAAGCUAUAGCACUCGUUCGUUCUCCCCUUCACCGCGAUCCCGAACGUCUUUUACCCUGGACCAACCCCCCUCAUCACUGAUAGCUCUCCACCGCAUCUAGCAUCGCUGCUGCCUCACCGCCUUUCUUACCCUAUCGUGAUGCUUUCUCUUUCGCUUUUCCUCUUCGCUUACAUGCCUCCAUCCUCCUGUUUCUUCUCCCCUUAUCCAUUACCCACCAGCACUUAUCGAUUCUACUUUCCUUCGAACCUUUGAUACUUUCGGCCAACGUAACUUCUUCGUAUCGGUACUAAAGGAAUUAUCUUCUUUUAUUAGAACCUCGACCGUCCAAGUUAGAUAUCUGGGUACACGGGAUAAGAAUACAAGUUUAAUGAAUGGAAAGGAGUAGAAACGUUAACCAAUUUUCUAACGGUAAGAAAAUGAAGUGUCAUAGGAGCGUGUCUCUGGUGAAAAGCGAGGGAUCGUUAGCGGAGAGAAAAGUCGGUGGUGACGAGAAGACAGCGCAGACGCUGUGUUCCCAGGGAGGCUGAGGAGGCCACGGUAGGAUCAGGUUUUUCUUAGCGCGUCCCUGGUGCGCGGUAUUGGAUGCUAUGCCGUGACGAUUCUGCCUCCGGCUCGCGUACGUGUUCCCGGCUAACAAAAACGAUUAUCCUGUGCCAAAAAAGUUGUUAUGUAAAUGCACUGCCUGUCCUAGACUGUCGGUCAGAAGCAUAGCUACUCUACUUGAUCCGGGGGAAGAGACUCAUCGAUAGAGUGUGGUACAGACAUCAGUGCCUCAGAACGAAGCAGAACUGCAACUAUACAGAGUGAUGCAACGUGCUUCUUUGUUGGGCUAUUAUGAUACUCUUCUAGAAAUGGGUGGUGACGACGUCCAGCAAUUAUGCGAUGCUGGAGAAGAGGAGUUUCUAGAAAUUAUGGCAUUGGUUGGUAUGGCGAGCAAACCUCUUCAUGUCAGGAGACUUCAAAAAGCUCUUCAGGAAUGGCUGACAAAUCCUUCACUUUUUCAAACACCGGUUGUACCAACAAAUGCUACGUGUAAAAAUCCAGGAAGCAUAGGAUUCCCUUGCGCGAGUCCCAGGCCGCAGGUACAGAAUCUUCAGGGUUUCACGACAACUUCGCAAACAGUAACCGCUACCCCUUACGUUUCGUCGCAUGUAUCAUUAACGCCAUUGCCAUGCAGAAGUACCAGCCCUAUUGUAUCUGUAACGAGUGUAACAGCACCAGUCGCUUCAACGACUUUUCGACAGAGUCCAAGCCCUAACACGUCUUUACCUUACGCAACGUCUCACAGCCCUGGUGUAUUACAAGUAGGAACAUGCGAGUCUUCCUGUGGUAGUGGCACAACACCAAGUCCUAGCGGUGGCGGUGGUGCCCCUGCGAGUCCGACCCAGCCAACUCCAACCCUUUUACAAUCACAAAUACAAAGACUCGCUGAAGCCGCUGAAAGACUUGCUGCUACUAUUCGACCGGUUGAUCCAAAACCACAUAAUGUUAAGAAAAAGAUUUGCAAAAAUUUAGAGAUAGUAAUGGCUAUGCCUGAUAGCGAUCCGCGUAGAAUGGAAGAAAUUAGGAAAUAUGCAGCAAUUUAUGGAAGAUUUGACUGUAAGAGGAAACCAGAGAAACCAUUGACAUUACAUGAGGUGUCAGUAAAUGAAGCUGCUGCACAAAUUUGCAGGUUCGUACCUGCCCUUCUUACUAGAAGAGAUGAACUGUUUCCUUUGGCCCGGCGCGUUGUGAGAGAUUCUGGGUAUCAUUAUUCGAAAAGUCAUUAUUUAUCUGUAUCGAGGUCGCGUGAAAAUGGCGAAGAAAACGAGCCUGAACGUACAAAACGGCAAAAGCUUGAACUCGAGGGUGAGAAUGAAGAUGCCACCCAGGAGGAGUUGGAUCUUCGGUGUCCUGAAAUAGAUAUAAAUAACUCGACGAUGAGAAGACAUAGAUCAUCAAGUCCAGUUUGGAGGAAGAAGAAUAACAAUGGUAUGUUCGGUGGAAAUAUUGAAGAAAUCAGCGACUCUGAUAGCCAACUCUCAUUUUCAAAUGAAGAAUCUUCAUCGAUACAUGAUACUAAUGAAGUUGAAGCAGAUAAUACUGAUAAAGAGAGUGAUUUCAAUCUCAAGGUAAUAGCCUCGCGUGGAGACAAUAUAAUUGCAGUAGCAAAUCCUGCAUUAAUGGAAUGUAAUCAUCCCAUAAAAGAAGAACCAACGGACGAAAAACCUACGCUGUGAUAUUGUUGAAAAUAUUGUAUUAUCUUAUUUAGUAUCAUUCCUAAAAGUGUAUUUCAGCUUGUAUUAGAAUUACAAUUAUUAUCAUUAUCUUUACUUGAUUAUUGCCAUGUUAUUUACUAUGAUUCUUAUAUUAAUUGUUGUUAUAAUUGUAAAAAAUUUCUUUAUUAGAAACUAUUCCAAGAACAGAAUUACUUAAUUUUUAACACUGUUUCUGUAUGUUAAUACGAUAUUGAUGACCAUGCAAUUUUAAUAAAAUCUUGGCAUACAUUAUGUUAAACUAUAAAAAUACCUUUAGA